AUGAGAAUAGUCGAUGAUAUGCAUCCUCUGAUUCGAAGCCCUCCACCGUACAAGGAUAUUGACAGCUGCUCCUACACGUCAGAGAAAGCCCCAGAUUUCGAUCAACCUCCACCAUAUCCGUCUCCAAACGAAAGUUCAAAUAAUCGGUUUCGGAUUCCUCAAGGCUGUGACCUCUGCUGGUCGUCUCUGUACGCCUAUGGUCCUAGCACGACAGCAUCCUCUUUUAGCGAAAAGUAUGCUAGGCGUCGACCACAGAAACGAAAAGAGAUUCUGCAUAAAGUAAGUGGUAUUGCCAAAGCAGGAAGAUUGUUGGCAAUUAUGGGAAGCAGUGGUGCUGGCAAGACAACGCUUCUAAAUGUACUAACGUCUCGGAAUCUAGCUGGUCUGGAUGUAGAAGGCAAGAUUACGGUAGAUGGGCAGAGCAUCAGCAAGUGGAAGUUCAAAGAGAUUUCUGCAUUUGUUCAACAGCAUGACAUGUUUGUUGGCACAAUGACAGCUCGAGAACAUUUGCGAUUUAUGGCCAGAUUACGUAUUGGAUCAAAUUAUACAAAAAUGGAACAGGAUCUUCGGGUAGAAGAAGUCAUACGAAAGAUGGGUCUCAGUGGCUGUGCUGAUACACUUAUUGGUACACCGAGUUCAUCAAAAGGCUUAUCCUGCGGUGAAAUGAAGCGCUUAGCUUUUGCUUCAGAGAUGCUCACAUGCCCAAAGAUUUUGUUCUGUGAUGAACCUACCUCAGGGUUGGAUGCUUUCAUGGCAGGCCACGUCGUCUCAGCACUGAGAACUCUAGCAGAUGGUGGAAUGACUGUGAUAAUCACUAUUCAUCAACCGAGCAGUCAAGUCUACAACAGCUUUAAUGAUGUCUGCCUUAUGGCUUGCGGAAGAAUCAUCUAUCUGGGUCCUACGGAAGAAGCCCAUCCGCUAUUUGAAAGAUGUGGCUAUCCAAGUCCAGAUUACUGCAAUCCAGCUGAUCACCUCGUUCGGACUCUAGCAAUCAUAAACGACCGGAAGAAAGACUGCCUCGAAACUAUAUCGAAAAUUCGAAAAGGUUUCUUGGAGACAGCUUACGGAAAAAGGAUUCGAGAAAUUGAAGGGGACAAAUCGAUGGAAAAACGCGUAUUCGAUGGCAGUGAUGCUAUGAACCACAAUUUCUUCACAAUGAAGCAUCCAGCAUCCUUCUAUGCUCAGUUGAGCGCACUCACUUGGAGGGCAUGGUUGACAAUAGUGAGAGAUCCGACAGUGCUCAAAAUCAAGCUCAUCCAAACUAUUAUAUGCGCCAUUAUUACUGGGCUAAUCUAUCUUCAAACUCCUAUAAGGCCGGAUACGAUUAUGUCCAUAAAUGGAGUGUUGUUCAAUCUAAUACGAGAUACCAGCUUUAUGCUGCAAUACCCUGCCGUACCAGCGAUGACUAUGGAGCUGCCGAUUGUUCUGAGAGAAAACGCUAAUGGUAUCUAUUCGACUUCUGCAUACUUCUUGGGAAAAAACAUUGCUGAAUUCCCCCAAUACGUAAUCCUGCCAGCGAUCUACACUGCGAUUGUUUACUGGAUGGCUGGUCUCGUACCGGACAUCUGGACAUUCUUAUUUGCUACUUUUAUCUGCAUUCUCAUGAUCAAUGUGGCUAUUUCUAUAUCCUACGCAACCGCUACCGUAUUUGGAUCCACAGACAUUGCUAUGACUAUUCUUCCAAUGUUUAUAGUCCCUAUGCUAGCGUUUGGAGGAUUUUUCAUCACGUUCGAAACUAUUCCUGGAUACUUCAAAUGGUUCUCCAAGCUGUCGUACUUUAAGUACAGCUAUGAAGCUCUCGCUAUAAACGAGUGGGAGAUGAUCGAUUUCAUUCCAGGCUGUGUCAACUACACAUUACAACAUUCGAGUUGUCCCAGUACUGGUCGCGAAGUCCUUGAGCAGAUCGAUUUCAAUGAAUACAGCAAAUGGGUGGAUGUUCUUAUAUUAACGGCGAUGUUCUUCAUCAUCCGUGCAAUCUCCUACGUUGCGUUAUUAGUGCGUGCAUAUCGCAAUCACUGA